AUGAAAUUCACAAAGACGCAAAAAUAUAGGAGACAAGCAGACAUCAGUCUCCAAGUAAUCCUGAAAAUGUAUGAGAACAGUGCUUGCUUUGAUCCUAAUAAUGUGCAAGGACUAGCCGAGGAUGGUUUCUCACAAACCCAUGUGCCAAAAUUCACUCCUACUUUCUCCAUGGAAGAACCAUCUUACCACCACCAAAAUCCUCCCGAAGAAGGCGGCGCCACUGCGGGACGAGUUGCUGCAGCCAUGGAGAUAAAGCUCCAACAACCACCAAGUAUGGAGAUGAAACACUACUACAAUACCCACAACAAUCAUAGUGACACCCAAUUUAUGCAAGAAGCAGUAUCAUGUGAUCAGUCCAAUUGCGAGAUGAGUUUCAGUCACUAUUCUCACCAGCAAGAGCAUCAUUUUCAACAAGUUGAAACUCCAAAUGGCCAUUACCAAGGCUUAAACACUUCUUCAUUUCUAGACACCCCAUACCCUCUAACACCAGACCACCACAAUCUGUUUCACUUGCCUGGAUGCUCAUCUUCCUUUUUGCUACACAAUGCAUCAGUCUCCACGGGCUCCACAAAUUUUCCGAGAUCAUUAAGCUUUCUAGGGGACCUUAAUGCAGCAGGGAGCGUGCCGGCCUCGAAUGCUUUCUAUAACCCAUUGCUACCUUUGAACCUUCCACCACAGCCUCCAAUGUUUAGGGAGUUGAUUCAGUCUUUGCCCCAUGGUUACAGCUUGACAGGCUCAGGAAUCGGUUCUUUGUUUAAUGGGGUGGAUGAGAGAGAGGCAAGUGGAGGUGGGUACCAAGAUGGGGAUGGGAGGCCUUUUGACAGUGGAAGUUUGGAGUUUUCUGGGGACAUAAGAGGGAGGGAUGGCAAGGAUAAUAUUGAGAAAAAAAGAAGGGUGGACUUAAAUGACAAGUACAAGGCUCUGAGGGAUUUGGUUCCCAACCCCACCAAGGUAUUCACAUUCUCUGUGUGUUUGUGCCUUUAA